AUGAAUGCGAUGGUCGAUCAAUUAAUAGAAAAAAUGACACUAGAAGAAAAAAUUGGACAGCUGAAUUUGAUAUCGAUACCGUUAAAUAUUACAGGGCCCAUUGCCAGUAAAAGUCAGAUAAAAGCCAUUAAAAAUGGUUCAGUCGGCGGUGUUUUCAAUUCGUACACUCCUGAUGUCGUAUGUAAACUACAAAAAUUGGCUGUUAAUUCUACUCGUCUUCACAUUCCACUCAUGUUUGGCUUCGAUGUCAUUCAUGGUCAUCGAACCAUUUUUCCAAUACCUCUAGGUAUUAGUUGUACGUGGGACUUAACAUGGAUUAAACGAUUCACGCGAGUUGCCGCUCAAGAAGCUAGUGCAGAUGGUCUACAUUGGACAUUUUCACCAAUGGUUGAUAUCGCUCGUGAUCCAAGAUGGGGAAGAAUUGCCGAAGGUGCGGGUGAAGAUGCUUUUUUGGGAUCACAAAUAGCCAAAGUAAUGGUCAAAGGUUAUCAAGGAAAUGAUUUGGCAAAAAAUAACACCAUCAUGUCUUGUGUGAAACAUUUUGCACUGUAUGGUGCCGUUGAAGGUGGACGUGAAUAUAAUACAGUUGAUAUGAGUCGUAUACGCAUGUACCAGGACUAUUUACCACCCUAUCACGCAGCUAUCGAUGCGGGAGUUGGAAGUGUAAUGGCAGCGUUUCCUGAAAUAAACGGAAUACCGGCAGCUGGUAACAAAUGGCUUUUAGAUGAUUUAUUACGUGAUCAGUGGCGGUUUUCAGGUCUUCUUGUUACUGAUUAUAAUGCUAUCAACGAAAUGAUAGUUCAUGGUAUAGGUCAUUUGAAACAUGUAUCUGCUCUGGCAGUAAAAGCAGGAGUUGACAUGGAUAUGUUUAGCAAUGCAUUUCUUGACACCUUAAACACAUUGUUAAAGCAAGGUGUCAUCACUCAAAGCCAAAUUGAUACAGCAUGCAGAAAAGUAUUAGAAGCCAAAUAUAAAUUGGGUUUAUUUGAUGAUCCGUAUCGAUAUUGCGACAAUACUCGAGCUCAAACAGAAAUACUAACAGAUGAAAAUCGUCUUGUAGCGAGAGAAGUAGCUAAACGUUCGAUUGUACUAUUAAAAAAUGCUCAUCAAACAUUGCCAUUAAAGCGUCAGGGUACAAUUGCUCUCAUUGGACCUUUGGUGGAUGAUCAGUUUAACGUGUUGGGCUGUUGGUCAGCUGCUGGUAACAAAACAGAGUCUGUGAGUGUAAUUACGGGUAUUAGAAACUUAGUUGGCGGUCAAGUGAACAUCGUUCAUGAAAAAGGAGCGAAUAUUAUCGAUGAUAUUGAUCUUCUUAAAAUACUGAAUGGAAAAGGUGGAAAUAUUGAAUUAGAUAAACGUUCACCUGAAAUGCUCAUUAAACAAGCAGUGAUGAAAGCAAAGACAGCCGAUGUUAUUGUGGCUGUGUUAGGUGAAUCUGAAGCUAUGUCAGGUGAAGCAGCUAGUCUAUCCUAUAUUGGAUUACCAGAAAAUCAACAGAAUUUGUUAAAAGCGCUCGUUGAAACAGGCAAACCCGUCGUAUUAGUGUUAAUGAAUGGAAGACCGCUAACAUUGACAUGGGAAAGUAAACAUGUAGAUGCCAUUUUAGAAACAUGGUUUGCCGGAACGGAAGCCGGGAAUGCCAUAGCCGAAGUAUUAUUUGGUGAUUAUAAUCCAUCAGGCAAAUUGACAGCUUCAUUUCCAAGAAGUGUCGGUCAAAUACCUGUCUACUAUAACCAUAAAAAUACGGGUAGACCUUAUAAUGGCACAGGUUUAGGAAUAAGCCAAUCACGAUAUUUAGAUUUACCAAAUGAUGAUCCGUUAUAUCCAUUUGGCUAUGGUUUAAGUUAUACAACAUUCGAAUAUGGUCCGUUGAAAGUUAAUAAAAGAAAUCUUAUCGGUAAUAAUGAAAUACUGAUUGUUCAUUUAUCAGUUCUAAAUAGUGGAUUAUAUAGCGGUGAAGAAACUGUUCAACUAUACAUUCAUGAUCCAAUUGCAAGUGUAACACGUGCUGUAAAAGAAUUAAAAAACUUUCAAAAAAUAUUAUUAAAACCAAAAGAACUGAAACAAGUGUCGUUUAACGUUACUGUUGAUGAUUUAAAAUUCUACAACACCGCACUCCAGCAUAUAUGGGAAACGGGUGAAUUUAUCAUUUAUGUAGGCCCAAACUCUCGCGAUACACAAUCAAUUUCAAUUUAUUGGUCAAAGUAA